CGGGCCGGGUACCCAGGCUCCCCGGGGACGGGGGCAGGGACGCGGAGGAGCCACUGCUGCCACCGGGGUGUGUGACGGCAGGCCGUGGCAUCUCGCAGCCAGAGCCUCCCGGGGAGGCCGGUGCACGCCGAUGUGGUGUCGCGCCUGGACCCGAGGCACUCACUGCGCGGUUAGCCCAGCUCCUCUCGGCCCUCGCUGGGCCCCACUCGCGAGUGAAUCUGGCCGAGGGAGUAUCUGGACCACCCACAGGGCGAGAGGGGGAGGCCAGGGAGAAGUGAGCGCGUCGGGUACUCACCCGACUGACCGAGGCGGGUACGACGGUAGAUGACGCUGCAGGGGCUUUGGGACGGGGUGCGAAGCGAGUGAGUGCCUGAGCGAUCUGUGCCUGGUCGGUUACGCGCUGGCCUGCACCGCUGAAGAGUUUUGACGUAAACGGCAAUUCUGCAUACAAGUUGGCUGCUAGACCAGUUAUAUCCAACAGGAUUCUUUUUGCGGAAUGAAUUUAGGUCUUUGGCUGGCACCGCCUGAUGCCCCUCAUUUGGGCCCAUGUUGUUAGGCAGCCGCCCUAUCUUGGAGAGCAGAAAAGGACAACUGCUUCUUUGUUGCGUAAACUGACCACAGCCUCCAGUCGAGGGGGCCUUGAGGACUUAUCCUGUAGUGAACCCAAAAAGUACGUGCAGGAACCAGAGUGCAGGACACCUCUUACUCAGUGCCUCCUUGAGAAUCAGAGGACUCCUGUGGAUCGAGGGUGUUCGGAGCGAGAGAAGGUCAUCAGUUCCCUCCUGGACAUGGGUUUCAGUGAUGUCCACGUUAAUGAAUUGCUCAGUAUACGACCAGGCACCCACCCUCAACAGUUGCUGGACAUCAUUUCAGAAUUAAUACUCUUGGGUUUGAAUCCAGAGCCUGUGUAUGUGGCCUUGAAGAAAAAUCCUCAGUUAUUGCAACUGCCUAUAAUGCACAUGAAGAAGCGCUCCAGCUACCUGCGAAAGCUUGCGCUUGGAGAAGGGAAACUAAAGAGAGUCCUUCACUGUUGCCCUGAAAUUUUCACCAUGCGUCAGCGGGACAUUGACAGUGUUGUCAGGGUUCUCAAGGAGAAGUGCCUUUUCACGGUACAGCAGGUAACGGAGAUUUUGCACAGAUGCCCCUACGUUCUUCGGGAGGACCCUGGUGCACUGGAGUACAAAUUCCAGUAUGCCUAUUUUAGGAUGGGGGUUAAACAUGUGGACGUGGUGAGGACCGACUUCCUGCAGUACCCCAUAACCAAGACCAAGCAGAGACACACGUUCCUCGAGCGCCUAGGACGGUACCAGACCCCUGAUAAGAAGGGGCAGACGCAGGUCCCCAACCCUUUACUCAAGGACAUUCUCAGAGUUUCAGAAGCUGAGUUUCUGGCCAGGACAGCCUGUUCUUCUGCUGAGGAGUUUGAAGUUUUUAAGAAGCUCUUGGCUCGGGAGGAGGAAGAGGAGUCUGAGAGCCGCAUGCCUGAUGGAGAAAGCACAAGUGUGGACGAGGAGGAGGAGGGGGAGGAGGAGGAGUUGUGAUAGAAGGACUGGAGUGAAAAGAGCCCGGCAAUAUCAAAGAGUGUUUUAAAUUUCUUGAAGCUUUUCGGAACUUCACUUGGGUCUUCUCAGGUUUUCAUUCUAGAACUGAUGUUUCGAUGAAAAAAUUAUUAUAAAUCACCUGAGAAGUAGACAGGUCAAACUGAAUUGGAGAUGCCUUAGUUUGGUCUGUUGGGUCUCUGUGGGGAGGGCCCUGUCAAACCUGAAUAAAGGACUGACUUGGAGCUGUUAAAAUCAGGGACUCAAUACAUCAACAUUUGGUUUUA